CGCUUGUUCUGGAAGCCGAGUUUCACCAGGUAACGGACCUGGAGCGCAGGAACUAUGCAGCGCUUGGUCAAAAGUCACCAGGUGAAAAACCUGGACAGCCAGAACUACGGAGCGCUUUUCCUGGAUGUCAAGAUCCACCAGGUGGAGGACCUGAACAGUCAGAACUACGGAAAAUUAGUCUUGAAGGUCAAAACUCACCAGAUCAAGGAUCUGGACAGCCAGAACUACGGAGCGCUUGUCCUGGAAGUCGAAUUUCACCAGGUAGUGAACCUUGAGCGCAGAAACUACGGAUCACUUGUCCUGGACGUGGAGUGUCAACAGGUAGCAGACCCGGAGCGCAGAAUCCAGGAGACUGAGGAAUUCGGCUAGCUGAUUUUCGUCGUCGACCAUUAGAAUAGAU